UGGCAUAUAAAAGGAGACAAAUUCCGUACCUUUUUUUUUUUUUUUAUUAUCUUUCUCUUCUAUAUUUUUCAAUUAACAAUGACAGACUUUGCUAGAGAUCCGAUGGGCUUUAAACUCAUGAGCUGGAACAAACCCAAACCCGGAAAAGAACCUGAAUCUCCUCCUCCUCCUCCUCCUCCCGCUCCCGCUCCACCUCCACCUCAGACUUACUAUUACUAUAAUGCUUAUCAACCAUAUUACCAACCUUGCUACCAACCUCCUCCUAUCAUGUAUCAGCCUCCUAUGUUUCACCAACAAGUACAUCCUAGCUAUUAUGUCAUGGUCCCUCCCCCUCCGGCAGCUCCGGAACCUCCCAAGAAAAAACCUCAUGUGUGUGUGAACUGUAACGAAAAGAAGAAAUGCAAGGCAUGCAUCAAGGCAGCUGAACCCAAGAAACCCAUACAUCUUCAACAACCACGUAUGACUCAGUCCACUGGAGUUGGUCGUGGACGUCCUAAAGGCAGUAAAAAUAAGCAAAAUAAGGUUUCUGAUAGCUCUCAGUCUCGUUUAAGUUUUUUCUCAAACAGUAUUAGAGCUCCUAAUUCUGCUGUUACUGAAGAGGACACGGAAAAGGAAAUUUCGGUUGAUAUCUCUCUCUCGUCCGUCACAGAUGAACCACAACAGCGCAAUAGUAAUGCUGCUGACCAAUUAACAGUCCUUGAGGAUUUCUUAUCGAAUGAAAGAGCCAUGGAUGAUUUUUUGGAUAAUGGUGAUCCGGAUAACGAUGAUGACGAUAGCGUCAACCUAUCUGAUGAUCCUAAUGUAUCUGUUGAUGAGCCUGAGGAAGCUGAAGAUGUUGACAAAGGCAGUUUCAUUGACAGGUACUUGGGUGAAAUCCAGACCGAACUGACACGAAAACGAGGCGAAUGGCCUAAAUGUUACAAGGAAGGGACUCUUUGGUAUGAGUCCAAGUUACCAUCAUUUGCUUUGAGAAAACAGCUAUCGCCUGAAGAGCUGUAUAAACCCAGAGUAUGCAUUUGGCUUCCACAUCUUCUUGCACUUUCGAGCCUUAAAUGCCCAAAGUGUAAUGAGGAUUUAAGUGCUGAUGGUUAUACCAAAGAUCCCAAGGCCCGUAGGAUUAUUGACUUUGAUGACUGUUUCUACUUGAUGACUUGCAACUAUCGGUGCAGCAAUAGAGUUAGUAAACAUUCAUUCAAAGGAUAUAAUAAGGGAAUCAUAAAGCAGCUUAAUGUUUUCCUUCAACACGAGUUUCCUGCUGUCUUGACUCAUAGAUUAGGCUUAUCGGUCAAGCUUUUCAAUUUUAUAAGACCUGCAUUGCAAAAUUCGAGUGGACCUUCUCGUAUCAGCAAACUUCUACGAGAAAUGCAUACAUUACGACAUGAUGUAUUGCAACGUCAGUAUCUUGAUGCCGCUCUUUAUCGUAAAAAAAAUCCAACAAUUGAUUUUUUUGCGUCAAAUAAAAAGGUGGAAGACUUUUCAAGAUUUGAUGACAAGUCCAAAUAUGCGGGUCAUUUUCCGUCUGCUGGUUAUCUCAGCUAUGUAUAUACUAGUAGUAUGCGGCUCUACAAGCACUACAUGGAUAAACAAAUGGCUGUGUUGCCAGCAGAAAUAUUGAAAGGCGAUCAUUCUUUCAAGCUUCCUAAGAAAAUUGGAAAAAUGAAUUCUGUAUCUGUAUUCAAUGCUGUGUACACUGUCUGUAAUGAAUACGAGGAAAUCUGUAUGAUGUACCUGACAGCGACAAAGGCUUUAUCCCACCUGGUACAACCUUUCGAGCAAUUUUACAAGUCUCGUUCCUUAUAUGGAAAUCCAAAGCCCAAGAUAUUCUUUACAGACAAUCCAUUGGGUGAUAAAUCAUUUUUGGAAAAGACAAUCCCUUCGUUACUUUGUGGUACGUCUUCUGAAGUGACUUCUCCGAUCCCUUGUUCUCCUCCUGUGCCUGAUAUCGAGUUACCGGAUCAUAUAGCUGUUCAUGUUGUAUCAUCGUCCACUGAUAUAAACAGAAUCAGCAGUACAAUUCUCUCUGAUGUUAGUAUAGGUGAAGACGGCACUGGUGCACCCAUUUACAUCGGUUUUGAUACAGAAUGGCCUGUCUCUUCGGUUGGUGCUUCAACAAGAAAGCCUGUAGCUGUUAUACAAAUAGCCUAUAAUGACUGUGUAUACAUCAUGCAGCUUUUCAGGUUUAAGAAUAGCACCCUCCCGGCUCAGCUGAUAACUCUUUUGGAAAGUGACCUCGUUAUUAAACUUGGAAAAAAUGUUAAGACUGAUCUGAAGUAUUUGAUGAAAGAUUACAUCAAAGACUACAAUGAAACUACCUCUGUUGAAAAGCAGUUCAAAGGUGGGCUGGAUCUGGCUCACUUUUGCAAGAGUCGUGGUAUCGUGAAAAGUGCUCAAGCCGGUUUAGCUAAACUUUGUGAAACCGUGCUUGCUAAGUCCUUACCUAAGCCUGAAAACGAUAGAAUAGGUGAACACUGGUCCAACGUCACCUUGACCACGUCUCAUAUCAAAUAUGCUGCUCUUGAUGCAUGGGUGGGUCUUGCUAUUUUUCAAAAGCUCAAAAACGAACAAGUCAUUAACGUGGAAAUACAAACUGCAAUCCCUGGCCUUUUUGUAAACGUUUUUCCCUCGUUUUCCUUGGUACCCUCUGCUUUUGGUCAAGUUGUUGAUGAUAAUUUAAGGCUCCAGCAUCUUAAUUCGAAUGGAAUCCAAGCCAGAGACGAUAUCACUGUUGUUAAUGUUUUAUCAGUAAAGGCAUCUGGUCUAAUUACAACAUUGUAUAAAGACUCACUUGGAAUGUUCAAAUUUCUUAAAGAUUUUGGUCCUACUCCUUUUUUGGUGGCUCUCGAAACCUCGUACCUGCGCACUGCUAAGGUUCCAACUGGUGAUACUGCAGAAGAAUCUGAAGUUGUUGUUGACACUACAGCACCCAUUAAUGUCGUUGUUGAAAGUACUAGCAACGAAUACAGCGAUGAUGAUGUUGAUGACGACGGUGGUCCUGACUACGGCUUUGAAUAUGCUGGUAAUACAUCUGUUGUUAUACCUGGCGAUUCAUCUUUUUUUGGUGGCACUUUGCCAGUCGAAUCUAACACCGAUAGCACCAAUACAGAUGGCAAUGCUCCUACCAGUAGAAUUUUAAAGGAUCUGUUUCAUUUAAUUGAUUCAAUUCCUAUCAAUUUGAAGCAUGGUAUGGCAAAAGAAUUUGUCAGAAGAUUGCGUGAUGUUCUCUUUGUCCUGGAUGAGAACGACAAAUCUCUCGUGGUUAAAUUCCUGGAAAGCCAAAAUAAAACUUGGGAAGAAGAACUCUUGAGAAAUCCCGAGUGGCUUCUUAAACGUGUUCGGCGUUAUGUUCCACCGCCUAAUGUUUUGCAUCCUCGAGUCACUGAACUGUUCGAUCUCUUCGGUGAUUCCAUUUGCUCUAAUUCAGGUGCAAAGUUGUUCGACAAGCACUGUCAAAAGAAAGCCAAGUUGGCUCUACAAACGAUCAAGGAUGGAUAUGUCUCAGAUCCCGUAGAUGUUCCCUUGUACUAUCUUUUACGUGUAGAUAGUCAUGGACUACCUGUCUAUAGGUGUGCUCGUGGUACAAACAGUCUUGAAGGUGGUGUUCAUAUGAACAUCAUUCGAAAAUUCGGUUGUUACAACGCUGGUCCCGAUUUGACCGAUUGUGCUUUAGCCGAUUAUCGACUUCGCCAUAAUACUGAUGUUGGCUCUCACAACAGAUUUGGUGUUGUUCAUAAAGGUCACUACUCUCCUUGGUUAAGCCAGUCAAUUAAUGUGUUGCGUAGACAGCUGGAUUUGCCACCAUUGUUAAAUUACCACACGGCCUUUGGUAAUUUAUCUGACCUUGCCCCUUCUGGUCAAACGUUUGGCAUUGUUCCUUUAGAUCCUAAAUCUUUAACAGAUUUUGGUAUGAGAGGAAAUGUACAGUCUGAUACGGCUUUAUUCGCUCUAAAUCAUGAAAGUGAUAUUUCGUUGCCACCAAUCAAGCUUAUUAAACUGUACAAGAACCAGUAUGAAUGUCUUGCAAUCCUACAAUGCACUUUGUAUGCUAUCGUCCCAGUGCAUACAAAAAAGGAGAUGCAAUUGUUUGAUGAAAUUAUUCGUCAAAAUCCAAAGAUGGGCCUGAGCAAACAUCAAGACUGGAUAAAGUUUGCUCAAAUGUGGUCCCCUUUUGCGAAUGGUGUUGAUGUGUUCUACAAGUCCCCAGAACACCUUAGACAAUAUAGUAACAUUCUCAAAGACAGGACCCAUUAUUACAACAGCAUAAUUAAGAACAGUAACUUAGUUGCAAAGGCCCGAGAACUCGUACAGGUAUCUAAUUCGGAAUCUCAGCCUUUAAAUAUUCCUGAUCCUGUUCCUUUGGAUAAUUUUUAUAAUUUACAAUCAAACAUUGCGCAACCAUUAAUCCAAGAAACUCAAACGGUGUCUUCGGUGUCUAUUGUUCCCCCUGUUAAUUCGUAUAACUACCCCAUAACUGCCCCACCAACUGUAGUUUACAAUAAUACAAACAGUAUACAAUGGUCUAAUCCACCUCCGCCUUUGAGGUAUUACCAUCCGGAACAAUAUUUCUCUGGUUAUGUUAAUCAGACUGGUUAUGUUAAUCAGACUGGUUACGUUAAUCAUAUGCAGCCUAAUCCACUACCCUGUUACAAUUCUGGUAAUGGCGCUGUGUUUCCUAUUGAUAAUACGGUGUUAGUUAAUAGCAGCAAAAGAACUUAUGCUAAUAAUAACACUGCUAUCAAUACACCGGAGACACCCAUACAUCUUCAACAACCACGUAUGACUCAGUCCACUGGAGUUGGUCGUGGACGUCCUAAAGGCAGUAAAAAUAAGCAAAAUAAGGUUUCUGAUAGCUCUCAGUCUCGUUUAAGUUUUUUCUCAAACAGUAUUAGAGCUCCUAAUUCUGCUGUUACUGAAGAGGACACGGAAAAGGAAAUUUCGGUUGAUAUCUCUCUCUCGUCCGUCACAGAUGAACCACACCAGCGCAAUAGUAAUGCUGCUGACCAAUUAACAGUCCUUGAGGAUUUCUUAUCGAAUGAAAGAGCCAUGGAUGAUUUUUUGGAUAAUGGUGAUCCGGAUAACGAUGAUGACGAUAGCGUCAAUCUAUCUGAUGAUCCUAAUGUAUCUGUUGAUGAGCCUGAGGAAGCUGAAGAUGUUGACAAAGGCAGUUUCAUUGACAGGUACUUGGGUGAAAUCCAGACCGAACUGACACGAAAACGAGGCGAAUGGCCUAAAUGUUACAAGGAAGGGACUCUUUGGUAUGAGUCCAAGUUACCAUCAUUUGCUUUGAGAAAACAGCUAUCGCCUGAAGAGCUGUAUAAACCCAGAGUAUGCAUUUGGCUUCCACAUCUUCUUGCACUUUCGAGCCUUAAAUGCCCAAAGUGUAAUGAUAAUUUAAGUGCUGAUGGUUAUACCAAAGAUCCCAAGGCCCGUAGGAUUAUUGACUUUGAUGACUGUUUCUACUUGAUGACUUGCAACUAUCGGUGCAGCAAUAGAGUUAGUAAACAUUCAUUCAAAGGAUAUAAUAAGGGAAUCAUAAAGCAGCUUAAUGUUUUCCUUCAACACGAGUUUCCUGCUGUCUUGACUCAUAGAUUAGGCUUAUCGGUCAAGCUUUUCAAUUUUAUAAGACCUGCAUUGCAAAAUUCGAGUGGACCUUCUCGUAUCAGCAAACUUCUACGAGAAAUGCAUACAUUACGACAUGAUGUAUUGCAACGUCAGUAUCUUGAUGCCGCUCUUUAUCGUAAAAAAAAUCCAACAAUUGAUUUUUUUGCGUCAAAUAAAAAGGUGGAAGACUUUUCAAGAUUUGAUGACAAGUCCAAAUAUGCGGGUCAUUUUCCGUCUGCUGGUUAUCUCAGCUAUGUAUAUACUAGUAGUAUGCGGCUCUACAAGCACUACAUGGAUAAACAAAUGGCUGUGUUGCCAGCAGAAAUAUUGAAAGGCGAUCAUUCUUUCAAGCUUCCUAAGAAAAUUGGAAAAAUGAAUUCUGUAUCUGUAUUCAACUGCUGUGCUUUAUCCCACCUGGUACAACCUUUCGAGCAAUUUUACAAGUCUCGUUCCUUAUAUGGAAAUCCAAAGCCCAAGAUAUUCUUUACAGACAAUCCAUUGGGUGAUAAAUCAUUUUUGGAAAAGACAAUCCCUUCGUUACUUUGUGGUACGUCUUCUGAAGUGACUUCUCCGAUCCCUUGUUCUCCUCCUGUGCCUGAUAUCGAGUUACCGGAUCAUAUAGCUGUUCAUGUUGUAUCAUCGUCCACUGAUAUAAACAGAAUCAGCAGUACAAUUCUCUCUGAUGUUAGUAUAGGUGAAGACGGCACUGGUGCACCCAUUUACAUCGGUUUUGAUACAGAAUGUCCUGUCUCUUCGGUUGGUGCUUCAACAAGAAAGCCUGUAGCUGUUAUACAAAUAGCCUAUAAUGACUGUGUAUACAUCAUGCAGCUUUUCAGGUUUAAGAAUAGCACCCUCCCGGCUCAGCUGAUAACUCUUUUGGAAAGUGACCUCGUUAUUAAACUUGGAAAAAAUGUUAAGACUGAUCUGAAGUAUUUGAUGAAAGAUUACAUCAAAGACUACAAUGAAACUACCUCUGUUGAAAAGCAGUUCAAAGGUGGGCUGGAUCUGGCUCACUUUUGCAAGAGUCGUGGUAUCGUGAAAAGUGCUCAAGCCGGUUUAGCUAAACUUUGUGAAACCGUGCUUGCUAAGUCCUUACCUAAGCCUGAAAACGAUAGAAUAGGUGAACACUGGUCCAACGUCACCUUGACCACGUCUCAUAUCAAAUAUGCUGCUCUUGAUGCAUGGGUGGGUCUUGCUAUUUUUCAAAAGCUCAAAAACGAACAAGUCAUUAACGUGGAAAUACAAACUGCAAUCCCUGGCCUUUUUGUAAACGUUUUUCCCUCGUUUUCCUUGGUACCCUCUGCUUUUGGUCAAGUUGUUGAUGAUAAUUUAAGGCUCCAGCAUCUUAAUUCGAAUGGAAUCCAAGCCAGAGACGAUAUCACUGUUGUUAAUGUUUUAUCAGUAAAGGCAUCUGGUCUAAUUACAACAUUGUAUAAAGACUCACUUGGAAUGUUCAAAUUUCUUAAAGAUUUUGGUCCUACUCCUUUUUUGGUGGCUCUCGAAACCUCGUACCUGCGCACUGCUAAGGUUCCAACUGGUGAUACUGCAGAAGAAUCUGAAGUUGUUGUUGACACUACAGCACCCAUUAAUGUCGUUGUUGAAAGUACUAGCAACGAAUACAGCGAUGAUGAUGUUGAUGACGACGGUGGUCCUGACUACGGCUUUGAAUAUGCUGGUAAUACAUCUGUUGUUAUACCUGGCGAUUCAUCUUUUUUUGGUGGCACUUUGCCAGUCGAAUCUAACACCGAUAGCACCAAUACAGAUGGCAAUGCUCCUACCAGUAGAAUUUUAAAGGAUCUGUUUCAUUUAAUUGAUUCAAUUCCUAUCAAUUUGAAGCAUGGUAUGGCAAAAGAAUUUGUCAGAAGAUUGCGUGAUGUUCUCUUUGUCCUGGAUGAGAACGACAAAUCUCUCGUGGUUAAAUUCCUGGAAAGCCAAAAUAAAACUUGGGAAGAAGAACUCUUGAGAAAUCCCGAGUGGCUUCUUAAACGUGUUCGGCGUUAUGUUCCACCGCCUAAUGUUUUGCAUCCUCGAGUCACUGAACUGUUCGAUCUCUUCGGUGAUUCCAUUUGCUCUAAUUCAGGUGCAAAGUUGUUCGACAAGCACUGUCAAAAGAAAGCCAAGUUGGCUCUACAAACGAUCAAGGAUGGAUAUGUCUCAGAUCCCGUAGAUGUUCCCUUGUACUAUCUUUUACGUGUAGAUAGUCAUGGACUACCUGUCUAUAGGUGUGCUCGUGGUACAAACAGUCUUGAAGGUGGUGUUCAUAUGAACAUCAUUCGAAAAUUCGGUUGUUACAACGCUGGUCCCGAUUUGACCGAUUGUGCUUUAGCCGAUUAUCGACUUCGCCAUAAUACUGAUGUUGGCUCUCACAACAGAUUUGGUGUUGUUCAUAAAGGUCACUACUCUCCUUGGUUAAGCCAGUCAAUUAAUGUGUUGCGUAGACAGCUGGAUUUGCCACCAUUGUUAAAUUACCACACGGCCUUUGGUAAUUUAUCUGACCUUGCCCCUUCUGGUCAAACGUUUGGCAUUGUUCCUUUAGAUCCUAAAUCUUUAACAGAUUUUGGUAUGAGAGGAAAUGUACAGUCUGAUACGGCUUUAUUCGCUCUAAAUCAUGAAAGUGAUAUUUCGUUGCCACCAAUCAAGCUUAUUAAACUGUACAAGAACCAGUAUGAAUGUCUUGCAAUCCUACAAUGCACUUUGUAUGCUAUCGUCCCAGUGCAUACAAAAAAGGAGAUGCAAUUGUUUGAUGAAAUUAUUCGUCAAAAUCCAAAGAUGGGCCUGAGCAAACAUCAAGACUGGAUAAAGUUUGCUCAAAUGUGGUCCCCUUUUGCGAAUGGUGUUGAUGUGUUCUACAAGUCCCCAGAACACCUUAGACAAUAUAGUAACAUUCUCAAAGACAGGACCCAUUAUUACAACAGCAUAAUUAAGAACAGUAACUUAGUUGCAAAGGCCCGAGAACUCGUACAGGUAUCUAAUUCGGAAUCUCAGCCUUUAAAUAUUCCUGAUCCUGUUCCUUUGGAUAAUUUUUAUAAUUUACAAUCAAACAUUGCGCAACCAUUAAUCCAAGAAACUCAAACGGUGUCUUCGGUGUCUAUUGUUCCCCCUGUUAAUUCGUAUAACUACCCCAUAACUGCCCCACCAACUGUAGUUUACAAUAAUACAAACAGUAUACAAUGGUCUAAUCCACCUCCGCCUUUGAGGUAUUACCAUCCGGAACAAUAUUUCUCUGGUUAUGUUAAUCAGACUGGUUAUGUUAAUCAGACUGGUUACGUUAAUCAUAUGCAGCCUAAUCCACUACCCUGUUACAAUUCUGGUAAUGGCGCUGUGUUUCCUAUUGAUAAUACGGUGUUAGUUAAUAGCAGCAAAAGAACUUAUGCUAAUAAUAACACUGCUAUCAAUACACCGGAGACAGUUUUUUCUGCAGUUGAUUUGGAAUCAAGCAAUAGCAGUACUUGGUCAACUCAAAGAUUUGAUUAUCUUGCUCCGAGAACCCCAAGAAAAAAAUAUACAUCAACUAAAAGACAAAAGAAAUAA